UAUUUUAUGCUUUCUACUUUUUGGUGUGUAUUUUUUUUACCGCGUUCGUUUGUGCGUUUCUAGUUUGACGUCUUAUUUGCCGCCAAAGUACUAUAAAUGUCAAAAUUAGAUCACAUUUUAUUUGAGAAAUACAACUAAAAAAUAAAUUAAGAUGGGUAUUUUAGGUUUAUCAAAGUUAAUAGCGGACAUAGCACCGCAAUCUGUAAAAGAAAUGGAGAUAAAAAACUAUUUCGGAAGAAAAAUAGCGAUUGAUGCGUCUAUGAGCCUUUAUCAGUUUCUAAUAGCGGUCAGGAGUGAAGGAGCGCAACUAGUUUCAGUAGAUGGGGAGACCACAUCCCACCUCAUGGGGACCUUCUACCGGUCCAUAAGGCUGAUAGAGAAUGGUAUAAAACCAGUCUAUGUGUUUGACGGUAAACCUCCAGAGAUGAAGUCCCAUCAGCUGAACAAGAGAGCUGAGAGAAGAGAAGAGGCAGAGAAAGAGCUGCAGAAGGCUACAGAAGCUGGCGACCAAGCAUCCAUAGAGAAGUUCAACCGACGGCUAGUAAAGGUGACCCGACACCACAGUGAGGAAGCCAAGGAGCUGCUCAAACUCAUGGGCAUUCCUGUUGUAGACGCACCUUGCGAGGCGGAGGCCCAGUGUGCUGCAUUGGUGAAGUCAGGCAAAGUCUUUGCAGCAGCCACAGAAGAUAUGGACGCGUUAACCUUCGGUGCGCCGGUGCUGCUCCGGCAUCUCACGUUCUCCGAGGCUAGGAAGAUGCCCGUGCAAGAGUUCCACCUGGACCAUGUGCUGCAGGGACUUGAGCUUAACCAUGAUGAGUUCAUAGACCUGUGCAUUCUCCUCGGGUGUGACUACUGCGGCUCGAUCCGCGGCAUCGGGCCCAAGCGUGCCGUCGAACUCAUCCGGCAACACCGAACGUUGGACAACGUGUUGCGCAACAUCGAUACGCAGAAGUACACGCCGCCGGAGAACUGGGACUAUGAGCUUGCGAGAAAGCUAUUUAUUGAGCCUGAAGUUACUGAUCCUAAGGAUAUUGAGUUAAAAUGGUCGGACCCGGACGAGGAGGGCCUGGUGAAGUUCCUGUGCGGCGACCGGCAGUUCAACGAGGAGCGAGUCCGCAACGGCGCCAAGAAACUCGCCAGGGCUCGCACCGGCACCACGCAGGGCAGGCUCGAUGGAUUCUUCACGAUAACGUUGUCACCAAACCCUAAACGGAAAGCCGAGGACGACAAGAAAAAUGCUGCGAAAAAGAAGGCGAAAACUAGCGGCGGCGGACGCGGCAGGAAACCUAAAUAGACUGCAUUUUCAUUGUUUUUGUCAUCUUUAUAAUCUUAAUAUUUUUACUAAAAUAGAUACAGUUUUCAAAAUACGAUCUCGAUCUCUUGCGAAAAUAGAUCAAUCAGAAUAUAAAUUUUGCGAAUGACUUUUGAUGGUUAUUUUUCGUGAUCGAAUCGACGGUUAAGGUUUGGAUCGAUUAUUGAAAAUUAUAAUCAGAUCUCGUAUCUGUCUUAUAUAUUAUAUCAUAUAUAAUAUAGAUAGAGAAUGGACAGUGCGCUCUUAGGUCAUCAAGCGAUAUAAAAAUGUAAGAAAAAUAAAGCGUAUACGGCCAGUAAUCCUCACAUGCUUAUAGGAAUAGUUGAGUUAAGCAGAUAUGGCCGUGCUGUUCCGUUAAGUUUUUUCUUAAAUCGAUAAUUUUGUGACUAAUCAUCCUUUUUAUGUCUAUAAAUUGCAGACAUAUAAGAGGGCGGAUGAAAAUCGAACUCGCGACGUCACGAUCUAUUAGGUACAAUAAAUGCUCGAAGUACUCCUCUGAACCAAGGGCGUAGCUACCGCUGUAUGCGAUAUAUGUGAUCUGGGGCCCCUGAGCUUUGUGGCCCCUCUUGACCCAUACCUACAUUAAAUUAAGCAGGCGCCCAAAAGUUCCCAUUGCCCUUAAGAGCCCCCAACAAAGGUAGAUAUAGGGCCCCUCGCAAACUAAGCUACUGAACACAGAAUAUCAUUCAAUGCGAGUGUUAAAAAUAACAAUUGUUUAAUUCACUAAUGGCUGUUUUCAAUAAUCGAUCCCAUUCCCAAUCUUCGAUCUGUUCCGAGAAUAAACCAAUCAAAAUGCGUCAAAAAGCAUUUCACGAAAGACUGUCCUCCAUUCCCGUGUUAGAAUCUCGAGUCGCGGGCAGUGAUAUUGGGUAUUUCUGCCUCAGUAUGAAUUCUCAGCUCGAGUCUGGAAUUUAUUCCCGAUAUGACGUUAUACUCGCCCCUAUCACAUCAGAGGUGGAACACGUGCGAUAAUUAGGUGGUCUGGUUGCAGCUCUGCCCACCUCUCGGGGAUGAAGGCGAUAUGUGUGUGUUUACCUUUUCAGUAAAAAAUAACAAACUACAUAGAAUGUCGCAAGUGUGCAGCUAAUUUUCACGUUCCUAAAUACGUCUAAUACAACUGGGUUCCUAAGUUACAAUUAUAAUGGAGUAAGAAAUUAGUAAUGGUAUUUCAAUAUUAUUAAAUUUGUCUAAGUUAAGAAUGUUCAGUGCGCGUAGUCGAAGCCCAUAUAUACCCAAUUGGUAUUUAACCUGACAAAUCUAGCUCCCUAUCUAACCUCCUAUGUCUUCAUAAAGUGUAAUAUCUAUUUCAGUAUUUGUGUAAGAUCUAAACAAACUGACGUGUUAAUUUCAUAAUAUCGUCUAAAUGCUAGUGCGAUUUAUAAUUAUGCAACUUGCAAUACAAGUAGAUUUUUUUAUGUGUUAGCAAAAUUUCAAUGAAAGAGAUUUGCUUAAAUUUUAUCCACUCUUGAAAUAAAUCGAUGAUAACGUUUUCAACUUAUGUUCUUAAAAUGGUCAAUACUUGCCAAACAUGGUUGAAAUAUGUCUUGAAGUGCAUGCCAAGAAAAAUAAUAUUCAUUAAUGGGUUGAAUAAAACCCUUUUUGAAUUACGACUUGAUCUGUAGGAGCCAUUGAUAUUAACAUCAUCCAUCCUCAAUUUUAGAUAUUUAAAACUUUUUGGUACUCUUUUUUUUGUGUUUGUUAUACUGUUUUCUUUACUUAAUAAAAUAAAAAUGUACGUCAGGCAGGCCUGGUGAAUAAAAGGCUAAACCUUAGGAGAGGUCCAAACCCAGCAGUGAAAUUGCAUGGAUAUAAUUUUGAAACUUGUGUUCAAAUCAUUCUAAGUUGUGAUUGUAUUCUCGUAUUUCCAUAAUAUAAGAUAUUAAAUUUA